CCGCCUUCUAGCUCUCAACCUGAAGAUAAAGAAGACAUUUCAACAAUUGAGUCCUCGUUUAAUAACUUUGAUUCAAAGUUCAACAAUUACAAUCUAUCAGGAAAUGACGUUCAAACCUUGAGUUUCUUAGGAGCUGUUGCAACCGAUUUCAAACAAUUUCCGUUUAUUGACAAAACAACAUCUGAAGAAGAGGUAAACGGUGAUAUGGAGUCCAUUAAAAUCGAUACAUCCGGAGGGGGACCUGUGUUUCUUGUUUAUCAACAGAAAACUGUGAAGCUUCUUCAACUGAUCAAAAGCGUUGUUGCUCCUGGCUGUGCAAAUUCCAUCGAUAGAUUCAAAUUAACAGACAUACAGCAGAUCUUCAGCACCUUGGAUGCUCUGACUCGCUUUAAACCGUAUUUGUCUUUGGAGGGAGUGAACAUAACGGUAGACAUUGUGCACACUGUCAUUGAUUGUUUGGAAUAUGGUAGCAGAAGAAAUCCUGUAUCUCCGAGUGCAGUAGAAAGUUUAAUAGACAUUGCUAAAGUUUAUCAUCGUGUAUUGGACAAUGUCUUGAACAAGAUGCUACCGAGGAAGCUUCAGAACUUGGAUGUUGAACUUUCCGAAGAUGAUAUAAGAGCGGAAAUCAUGUUACACCUCAAGUUCUUCCUACAAGAAACCAGCCUGUUAAAACAAAAUCAAGGGAACGUAACUCUAGACUUUCAAAGCAUUAAUAGACAAGUUGAUUUUAUUUAUCAAAUACGAGCACAUGAGCGCCAGUUUCAACUUCAGCAAAGACAAACGGCAAGAAAAUAUAUCCCAAUUAUAAAACGAAUCCAAUCAGUCUUUGUAAAUGUCAUGCACAAAACUAUUGUUUUGGGCGAGCGACUUUACUGGAAUGCAAACCAUGUACUGGAAAUAAUGAUCAGGAAGGUCUCGUUCAACGAUCUUGAAGAUGCCCCAGAUGAGUUUUUUGGAGGUGUACAUGAUGUCAAUGGCUCAAACAACCAAGCAUCCUACCUGGAAUUAGCAGUGUCUAACUACUUAAGAAACCCCUACAUAUAUGGAGAGAAUGCAACCAAGGCAACCUCUUCUGUUCCAGUGAUGAAUAUCCCCCAAAACAUAUCUGUGGACACCAAUAUUCCGAAUAAAGGAAACCUGGAAUUUAAGAGAUAUAUUCCUCUCAUCAAUCCACAAUAUUCAGAACCUAUGAUUUAUUUUACAUUUGAGGUGAUAAAUAAAAGAGAUGCUGUGCUUAUCUACAUUAAACCUGAUGGAUUUGACUUCUUGGGUCAUCAGAAGGUUCCUUUGUACUCGUUUUAUUUUAGCUCAGAUACAUUUCCAACAUCUAAUGUGUUUGAUUACAAGAAGGUGUUGGGUGUCGAAGAUUGGACAGGAUAUGGAUUUAAAGUGUUCCUUCCCGGAGGUAUAUGUGUUAAAGAACUGUGUUAUCUUGGCAUAAAACCACUCACAGCCCCUGACACCGAUGAUUUUGCAAGAUCUAGAAAAAAACGAGCCGCAGAAUUUCUAACAACUAUCGGACCACCAGAUAACACAACAUCGAUUGUUAAUGCUUCGGAUUUUGUUCCAGCUGAGGCAAACUUUAGCAUGCUAUUUACAACAACAGGAUGUAGAACUUGGGAAAAAGGAAACAACUCAUGGACAAUGGAAGGAUGUCUGGUUCUGCCGAUGAGUGAUUUAAACAAUACGGUCUGUCGGUGCGUUGGGGACACCAUUUCAACUUCCUUCUAUGUACCCCCUAACAUGAUCAAUUUUCUGACAGUUUGGGGCAAAUUUGACGCCUCCAAUGCUGCAGUGUAUGGCAUACUGGCAGUAGUCUUUGUAAUUUAUAUAAUACUGCUUAUUGUGCUUCGAAGAAAGGACAAAAAGGACUCUCAUAGGCGGGUGGUAACAUUCCUCUGCGACCAUGACACAAGGCAUACCUACUUCUAUUUGAUAAGUGUAUACACUGGAUUCCGGAGAGGAGCGGGUACCAAGUCUAAUGUAUAUUUCAUACUUACUGGUGAUGUGAGUGAUUCAGGAAUUCGUCCCCUACAUGACGGAAUUCAAGAGGGAUUUUCGACAUCAAGUGUCAACAUGUACUUCUUUGGAACCAAUGAACCGCUGGGAGAUUUAAGAUACAUUCGGAUAUGGCAUGAUAAUUCUGGACCUCGUGGCUUUAAAAGUUGGUUUUUGAGCAAAAUUACAGUCGAUGACUUGGAAAAGCAAGAAAGAUAUGUGUUCCAUUGCAACAAGUUGUUAGGUAUUGAUGAUGAAGAUUGUUUAUUGGAUCGCAUUAUUCCAGUAUCAACCCAAGACACAAUUUCUUUUAACGAUCGUAUAUCUGUGGAAACUCAAAGCUUAAUGUCUGUUUAUCAUUUAUGGCUUUCUUUGCUCUUUCGCCCACAAGGAAAUUUCACACGUGUUCAAAGACUCUCAUGCCUUUUUGCCUUAAUCUGUCUUAUCAUGAUAUCAAAUGCAAUGUUCUUUCGAUCGUCAGAUGAAAACCAAAAUGUCGAUGAAGUGAAAUUUGGAAUUUUAAGACUAUCAUUUAGAACAUUCUAUGUUUCAUGCGUUGGAAUGCUAAUCUCAACUGUACCUGUUACUUUUGCUGCCUUUGUAUUUAGAAAUACUAGAAACCCUAAAUCAACCGAAAGCAGGAUUGACAAUCCAAAAAGAAACAGUUUUUAUCCAUUAAGAAAUGAAACAUACAAAUCCUUUUCUAAACUUGAUGGCGAGGUAUUCAUGCCACACCAAGGCACUUUACCACGUUGGGUGUGUUAUAUAGCAUGGAUUAGUGUUCUUUUGGCAAUCCUUUCAUCAAGCUUUUUCCUCAUCCUCUACAGUAUGGAAUGGGGCAAAGCUAAUUCAGAAGAAUGGCUUUUAUCACUUGCUCUUUCAUUUUUGGAAUCGUUCAUAGUAUUUGACCCAGUAAAAGUAAUAUUUUUUGCAAUAGUUUAUUCGACCUUUUUAAAAAGAUUGGCAAGGGAAGAACCUCCCAAAGUAAAUUUAGACAAACUACGGUUGAUGUCAAAGGAUAACGGAUUCUGCAAGGACUCAAGAAUUUCAGACUUAGCAACCAACAUUUCACCAAGAUGUGGAACAUUUUCCAAGGAAGACAUCGAUGACUUGAAAAAGAAAAGUCGCGAAGAAUCUCAAGCAAGAUCAGCGCUGAUUAGUCUUGUUAUGUUCAUCUUAUACAUUUGUGCAAUCUAUGGCAUUGGGUUCACACAGCGCGACCAGCGAUCUUUAAAUGUGAAGCAAAACCUGGAUAAUUAUUUACUUUCAGGAAGUCGUGGUUUUUCUGCAUUGAAAGGUAGAAAGGACUUCAUAAGAUGGAUGAAUGACACAUUUAUCCCAACUUAUUACCCCACUGAAAGUUAUGCAGGUGAACCAUUGACUGUUAUGGAUCGUCAAUGGUUAAAAGAUAUGGUUAAUAUCCGUGUUGGGCCAGGGCGUCUACGCCAGGUUCGAAUGAAAACUGGCAAGUGUCCAUAUUUUUCCCUUACUUGGCCUUAUCCGUGUGUAGACGCCUACUCCGAAAGGGAUGAGGAUAAAAGUUCCUAUUGUCUACGAUGGAAACCAUACAAUGACACCAUAUGUGGAAGCGAACUUUACAAAAAGAGAUUCUACACGGCCCAGGCGUGGAAGUACGUGCACGCCAAUGAGAUUUGGGGAAUAUCUAGAAUGGGGGAAUAUAAAACAUACGGUGGAGGAGGAUAUAUUCUACAGUUUGUGAAAGACCGAGUGAAUGCUCACUUGUUGCUUAAUGAACUUGUAGAAAAUAACUGGAUUGAUCGAAAUACUCGUGCAAUUUUUGUUGAGUUUACAAUAUACAAUUCAAAUGUUAACCUCUUUGCAUAUGUCAUGUACAUAAUGGAGUUUACUGAAGUAGGCAGUGCAUUUAUAUGGACUGACACACAGGCUUUCAAACCUAUCUUAAGUUUAUCAUCUCUGGGCUUCACCCUAGUGUUGUUCUACAUGAUUGUUUUCUUCUAUUAUAUCAUCCUACUCUUCAAAAUACUUUUGCAAUGUAGGAGAGUAGGUUGUUUGGGUUUUGUUAAAGAACCGUGGAAUUGUGUGGACUGUCUGUGUACUAUUCUUGCAUAUUCUUGUCUGUUAACCUUUAUAUUAAGGAUGAAAUACACGAAUACGGCAAUGGAUAUGUUUUAUGACGACAAAUUGACUGGCGCCAAUCGGUUCAUUAACUAUGGACAUAUUGUGCUUUGGGAUCACGCAUUCAACGUCCUUUUUGCAACUCUUUUGUUUAUAUCAACAAUACAGGUCCUGAGAAUUCUAGGAUACAAUAAAAGAUUUACUGAGGUCAUAUCGGUGAUAUCAAAUGUUGGAAAAGAUUUAUUGGCCUUUGGUGCACUCUUGUUGAUUUUAUUUGUUUCAUUUGUCAUUUAUGCCUAUCUCCUUUUCGGCUCUAAACUGGAAAGCUACAGGUCGAUGUAUAAUACAUGUGCUAGUUUAGCCAAUACUUUAAUCGGUAAAAAUAAGCUAGACCCUCUGAUUAUGGCAGCACCAUUAUCAGCUCAAUUCUUUUACGUGUGUUACGUAUUGUGUGUUAUUAUGUUUAUGUUGACUGUCUUCAUGGCAAUCCUGAACACCAGUAUUUCGGCAGUGAGAGUGGAAAGUGUUGCGUCAGCUGCAAAAAUAGGAAUAUUAGACAUCAUGAAGAAAUUUGUUAGAAAUACACUUGAAGUUUUCUUCAGACCAAAAAAGAGCAAAAAAUUACUGAGAGAAGAACAGAAAACCAGUGAUGACAUUGAUGCUGCAAUUGUGAUGAGACUUGUUCGUGAUAUUGUUUAUACAUUUGAAAAUAAGGAAACUAAGCUUGUGGAUAAAAAAAUACUAUGCAGAAAAGAUCGACGUAACCUGCCAGUCCAACCACCUCUUUGAAAUGAAUAAGCAGAGCAACGUCGAUUUCAAACGAGAAUAUAUUACAGACGAAAAGGAUAGCUCCUCAAAAACGUCCCCUCGAAACUUUUGAAUCGAGUCUAUCGUACUUCCUGGAGUCAAAUGUGGGCAUGGCAAUACUAGUCUGUGACACAGAAGAAAUCGAACUCUAUACAGAAAGAUAAGAUACCUUGUGUAUUUAGUGUAUAUGAUUGUAUUUUUGUCUUUGGGAUUCUUUUUAUUCAAUAUAUUUUUUAUCUAAUAUUCGUUCAACGAAAUAAACAUAUUUGUGCACUGAAGGAUAAA